UGUUUUUAGUUUCCCUCGGGCGUUUAGUCAUCACGAUGCUCAGUAGCCAUACGCCUUUUUAUAUAAAAUUUAUGCGAUUUUACCUGAUAAGUUUAUACCAGUAUUAGUAAUAUUGCCCCACGGAGUAGAACAUGACUGAAGAUAGCUCAGCUGAUCAGUUGAGUGUCCCAGAAUGGUUAAGUGUGCAGUUUGUGACCGAAGUUCUGAGUAGCCACGAAAAUGAACCGGACCUCAGGGUUACCAAACUGGAUUGCACCCCAGGAAGUGCCCAAGGAGAUAACUAUGCCAGUGUUAUAGUUCGUGCUCUGGUGGAAUACACAACCCAGAAGGGAUCCUUCUCCAAGUCUCUAAUUAUUAAAACGGUUUUGGAAAUGUUUGCCGGUUCAGCUCUAUUUAAAACUGAAAUAGGCAUGUAUAGAAAGGUCCUGCCAGAGUUCGCGAGGAUAUUGCGAGAACACAAUGAUACAUCCAGGCUUUACGCGGACUGUAUUUAUUAUAGUCUGGAACCACGUCAAGUAAUGAUCUUUGAAGAUCUGUCCGAGAUGGGUUAUGCCAUGGUGCGAAAUCGAGAGCUCACGCAUGAGGAGAUCUGUGGUGCAUACUUGAAACUGGCCAAAUUUCACGCACUUAGCAUGAAGAUUAUUAACGAGCGACCAGAGUUCGUUAAGGAAUUCAAGGAUGGCAUUUGUCUAGUUGAUAUACCCUAUAUGAGCUCGGGCAUGGGUUCGUUUAAGGAUUUUUUGGGCCGCAUUCCUGAGUUGGCCAGCUACAAGUCGCACUUUGAGAAGAUAGAAGUCCAUUUUAAGGACCGACUGCGUGAUAUCAUGAAGGAGUACCAAACCAAUCCUCAGCCUGGAUACUACGUGCUCUGCCAUGGGGACUUCCACACCCGGAACAUAAUGGUUAAGCAUAAAGAGGAGUCCGGAAGCUUCGAGGAUUGCAUGCUGCUCGACUACCAAGGCUGCUGUCUUGCUCCUCUGGCUGUGGACCUCAUGUAUUCCAUUUACCUGCUAAUGGGCCGGGAACAGCGCAUUGGGCAGUUCGAGACCUUAAUGAACUACUACUUCUCAGUUCUGCGCGAAAGCCUCAAAAAGAUUGGCUACCACGGAGUAUUGCCAGAUCCCCUUGCCUUCUGGACGGAAAUGAGCCGCCUAAAGUAUUACGAGUUUCUUUUUCUCAGCACCUACUUGCCCAUGUCGGUAGGUCUGAACCUUGCGUCCGCAUCUAACGAAGAAACUGAUGAAAAAUUACGUGACUUUAUUGAAGAAUGCAAAAUAAUACUGGCCCGAUUUGAAAGAUCUGGAUAUUUUGAGGAUUUAUAA